CCAUAAGUGGAUUGAUCUUUCUUACUCUCUUGUCUUCUUCUUGUUCAUACUUCUCUUCAAUGUAGCUAGAUAAACAGAAAAAGAGAGAGAUGUUAAAGUAGGGUUGGGUUCAUACUUUUAGUUUGUUACUUCGUUUCUUUUGAUUGUGUGAUGAUUCUGUAAUCAACGAAUGAUCCGGUUUAGUUUCCAAGAAGGUUUCAGUUCAUUUUUUUUUAUAAAAAAAUAUUUCUCAUAAUUUACAUCUUCUCUUGUUUUCAAUAAAAAAUUUGGUCAAUACAAAACGAAAAAAACUAACUAUAGUUUUCAUAGUCUGUCUGACUUUUACUUAUCAAAGAAAAACUUAUCUAAAUUUGUAUGGCUUAUUCAAAAGACUGGAUUACAUCAAGUGAUUCUUUAUUUAAAAGAAUGUUUGUCUUAAAGAAUAAGCUAGUACUAUAAUGAAUUAAUCAAAUAACUAGCUGUUAGCUCUCGAAUCAAACCAUACAGCAAGCUCUCGAUUCCCUUGCAAACGAAUAGUCUUAACCUGAUCCGGAUUAUUCUGUCUAGAUGUUUCACUAACAUGAUUGUUGAUGAUAUUAGUGUAUGUAUUUCUUGAUAUUGGCAAUUAUUUUUUCAUAAAUGAUUUGUACUAGCAAAUUGUUUGACAAGCCGAAUUGGAAUCUCAAUGAUUUGUUCUCAUCUCAUUGAUUAUCCCUCAAAACUAAUUACAAAUCACAUGGCCGGUGAAUUGGAAUAAUCUCGUGACAUGUAUGUGAGAAGAAGAGUGGAUGGAUAUAACGGCCGAGUGGUAUAAUAGUAUAACCGGAGCUAGUUCAUAUGAAAUCAGAUGUUGAAAGUUACAUUUCUGUUUAUUUACAGAAAAUAAAUUUGGAUCUUUGUGUACUAACAUCAGUUUGACAUUCAUGUUGGUCUAUCUUCUUCUUUUUUUUUUGUUAUAAAUUUCAUAGAAUUAAAAAUUAGUAAGUUAAGUUUAUCAAUUAGUUUGGAAUCUACAUAGUAUAUACAUUUUCUCUUCUUAAAUUUAUAGUUUGACACAUUUAAACAUACAUUAUUCUCUUAGUAAUUCAUGUGCAUUUGUUUUUAUUUGAAUAAAAUUUUGAUAAAUGUUUGUGUUAUUUUCUUCCUUGAAUCUUCUCCUGCAGAUUAACAAACUAUAUCCUAAAGGUAAACCAGAUCUUUAUAUUUAUUUCAUUAAUAUGAAAAGCGAUAAAAUAAAUCCCCUGAAAAGUGAAAACACCUAAGCCAAUGAUUUAUUUAAUUUAAUUUUUCUAACUAAAUCAAAAUAAAAUACAAAAGCGUCUCUCACUAGUCACCACUACUAUAUAUAUCUGAAGAACACUCGUGUUAGCUCAAAGAACCUUCACUUUCUCGCAAAAACAGAGUCUUUCCAAGAAAGUUUCUUCCUUUUUCUCUCUCGAAUGGAUUCUAAAGAAACCCAACAACAGCAGAACCGCAACGCCGCCGCCGCGUUAGCGGGUCCCACCUCCACUUCUCAGGCCAUGCACAACCGUUCAUCUGUCGGGGCUCUCUCUCUGCGCCAGCCUCAAGCUCUGCAAGGGGUCAUGCCCGACGGAUCGCCUUACUCCGCCUCCGUCGCGACCCAACAACCGUGGAGGCAAGUCAAACGAGGACGAGGAAGACCGAGGAAGUACGCUCCUCCGGAUGGUGGAGAUAGCGGCGGUGGUGCAAAUGCUGGCCCGCCUGCUAGAGGAGGAGAAGAAGGAUCGUUUACAGCUCAUGUCAUUAACAUCAAUGCUGGAGAGGACAUAGCUGCCAAGUUACUGGCGUUUGUGAAUCAAAAACCACGCCACGUCUGUGUUCUCUCAGCUUUAGGAGAUGUAUCUGUUGCGGAGCUAUCUAACAAUCCUCUUGGUCUUGGAUUAGUUAAGUAUGAGGGCCCAUAUGUUAUCACUGCUAUGUCAGGUGUUUUCUCGAGUACUGAGAGUAAUGGUACUGUGACCACAACUGGUAACUUGAACGUGUCUCUGGCUGGUCCUGAUUUCAAGACUGUGGGGGGUCGUGUUGGUGGAAUGCUUGUAGCUGGAUCACCAUUCCAGGUCAUUGUUGGAAGCUUUGUACCAGAGGGAGUGAAACUGAGCGCAGCUUCGGGACCAGACAAUGUGUUGAACUCAAGUGGUGGUGGUGGACCAGGAUUACCUCAGUCUCAGGGACCAAGCAAGUCAUCAGAGGAAAAUGCUAGUAAAUCUCCUGGCAACAAUGCUCAAUAAGCAAAUGGUUCAUGGGUUUUCUUCUCUGUUCCAUCAGAAUUGUCCAUAAGUAGAUUGAUCUUUCUUACUCUCUUGUCUUCUUCUUGUUCAUACUUCUCUUCGAUGUAGCUUUGGGUUUUAGAUAAAUAGAAAGAGAGAGAGAUGUUAAAGUAGGGUUGGGUUCAUACUUUUAGUUUGUUACUUAGUUUCUUUUGAUUGUGUGAUGAUUCUGUAAUCAACGAAUGAUCCGGUUUGGUUUCCAAGAGGUUUCAAUUCAAUUUUUUUUAUAAAAAAUCUCUCGUAAUGUACAUCUUCUCUCUGUUUUCAAUAAAAAAAUUGGUCAGUACAAACCAAAAAACUAACUAUAGUUUUCAUAAUCUGUUUGACUUUUACUUAUCAACGAAAACUUAUCUAAAUUUGUAUGGCUUAAUAAUAAUGAUUUUUUUUUGUUCUGAGAACCAACACUCAUUAAUCAAAAGUCCAACACACAUGCAUAGUCCAAAAGCAGUAUUAAACCAACGGAGGGUUAGUUUUUAUUUUUUAGUCCAUAACUCCGGUUAAAGUUUUGGAGAUUAAAUCUGUACGGAUCUCAACAAAAUUAGCAUGCAAUUUUUUUUGGAACCACUGGUCUUUCAAACUGUAAUUGAUUCAUCUAUGAUUGUGUCGCAUAUAAACCAAAAAAAAAAGAAGCAAACUCGUAUUUUCCUCCUUGAAUCUUCUCCCGUACAUUCACAAAAUGUAUACUCGCCCCUUUUGCAGACAUAUUAAUAAAACAUAAACAUAUAAUUUUGUUUAUUUUUAAAAUAAAAACAUAAUUACAUAUACAUCUAACCAUAUUUCAAC